ACCCCGCCCCGGCGCCCAGCGCGCAGCGCCAUUGGACAGACGGCCCGUCGGUCUCCAGGGGCUUUCCCAGAGGCGUGGCGUAGCCCUGGCAUUUCCUGGUACCGACCGGAGCUUAGAUUUGCUGAGUCUGGCUCCGGGCCCCGAAGCUCUCGUCCUAGGCUAGGUGGCCGUCACGGCAGGGGUUGAGCCACCCUCAUGGAAGGGAGAGGACCCUACCGGAUCUACGACCCAGGGGGCAGCACGCCUCUGGGAGAGGUGUCCGCAGCUUUUGAACGUCUAGUGGAGGAGAAUACUCGGCUGAAGGGAAAAAUACAAGGGAUAAAGAUGUUAGGGGAGCUUCUGGAGGAGUCUCAGAUGGAAGCGUCCAGACUCCGGCAGAAGGCGGAGGAGCUGGUCAAGGACAGUGAGCUGCCCCCACCACCACCUGCUCCCUCCUUGGUCUCCUUUGAUCCCCUGGCUGAGCUCACAGGACAGGAUACAAAGGUCCAGGUACCUCCUACUGCCAGCACUACCACCACCACCGCCACCACCGGAAACUCCAUGGAGAAGUCAGCUCCAGCCUCCAAGCCUCCAUCCAAUGGCACCUCCUCUGACUUUGAAGUGGUCCCUGCUGAGGAGCAGAAUUCACCUGAAACUGGCAGCCACCCUAGGAACAUGAUGGAGCUGGGGCCCCCACCCCCAGAGGACGGCAAUCUGAUGCUCCAUCUGCAGCGCCUGGAGACCACCCUGAGCGUGUGUGCGGAGGAGCCAGACCACAACCAGCUCUUCACCCACCUCGGCCGAAUGGCCCUUGAGUUCAACAGGUUGGCCUCCAAAGUGCAUAAAAAUGAGCAGCGUACCUCCAUCCUGCAGACCUUAUGUGAGCAACUGCGUCAGGAGAAUGAAGCCCUGAAGGCCAAGCUGGACAAGGGCCUGGAACAGCGGGAUCAGGCUGCUGAGAGGCUGCGGGAGGAAAACACGGAGCUCAAGAAACUGUUGAUGAACAGCAGCUGCAAAGAGGGACUCUGUGGGCAGCCCAGCUCCCCGAAGACAGAGGGUGCUGGCAAGAAGGGCAUGGCCGGACAUCAGCAGGCCAGUAUGAUGGCAAGUAAAGUCCCUGAAGUGGGGCCCUUUGGUGCAGCUGAGAAGAAGGUGAAGCUGCUGGAACAGCAGCGCAUGGAGCUGCUGGAAGUGAACAAGCAGUGGGACCAUCAUUUCCGGUCUAUGAAGCAGCAGUAUGAACAGAAGAUCACAGAGCUUCGACAGAAGCUGGUGGACCUGCAGAAACAGGUGACUGAGCUGGAGGCCGAGCGUGAGCAGAAGCAGCGUGACUUUGACCGGAAACUCCUCCUGGCCAAAUCUAAGAUCGAGAUGGAAGAGACUGACAAGGAACAGCUGACAGCAGAGGCCAAGGAACUGCGCCAGAAGGUCAAGUACCUGCAGGAUCAGCUGAGCCCACUCACGAGGCAACGAGAAUACCAGGAAAAGGAGAUCCAGCGGCUCAAUAAGGCCCUUGAGGAGGCCCUCAGCAUCCAGGCCUCUCCAUCAUCUCCGCCUGCAGCUUUUGGGAGCCCAGAAGGGGUUGGGGGCCAUCUGAGGAAGCAGGAACUGGUGACGCAGAAUGAGUUAUUGAAACAGCAGGUAAAGAUCUUUGAAGAGGACUUCCAGAGGGAGCGGAGUGACCGUGAACGCAUGAACGAAGAGAAGGAGGAGCUGAAGAAGCAAGUAGAGAAGCUGCAGGCCCAGGUCAUGCUGACUAAUGCCCAGCUCAAAACACUCAAAGAGGAGGAGAAGGCCAAGGAAGCCCUUAAACAGCAGAAGAGAAAAGCAAAGGCCUCAGGAGAACGCUACCACGUGGAACCCCACCCUGAGCACGUCUGCGGCGCCUAUCCCUAUGCCUACCCCCCCAUGCCAGCCAUGGUACCUCACCAUGCCUACAAGGACUGGUCCCAGAUCCGAUACCCUCCAUCCCCCAUGACCAUGGAGCACCCUCCCCCACACCCCAACUCUCGCCUCUUCCAUCUGCCGGAGUAUACCUGGCGUCCACCCUGUGCAGGGAUUCGGAAUCAGAGCUCUCAAGUGGUGGACCCACCCCCAGACAGGCCUGCAGAACCAGAGUCUGCAGACAAUGACUGUGAUGGGCCCCAGUGAGACUGCAGUGUGUCAUUUGGUUCCACCUUCAUCUUUCAGAGCCAGCUGACCUCAGAUUGCCAAAAGUGUAAAGGCCACGUGCAUGUUCUGUGUGACCCAAGCCUUGGCAGAACAGAGGCUGGGAUGGGCAGCUGGCCCACAUCUCCAGCCAAACCUCAGACUGUUUACAAGACUAGGGAGAAUCUAGCCACGAGGCCUCCACCAGGUUCUUCUGGAUGCAACCAGGAGAAACUCAACACCCUGCCUCUUGCCAAGACAAGGAGGUCUCACCUGGCUUUGACCGGCCAUCUGUUGCUGAGGCCACUGGCUUCCAUCCUAAGAGUGGGGUGCAACAAGACCCCUUCCUCUCAGAACCUCAAAGACUUGGUUCCAGGCUCUCCAGAGACCACACCCAGUUCAUGUGCAUGUGCCAUUUUUUUGCUUCAAGCUCAGUAUCAGGACCUGCCCUGCGCCCCCUGCUCCUUACCCCUCUGUGAGGAGUUACAGGAAGAGGGCUUUGUCUCUAGAGCAGAAGAGAACGAUGGGAUGGCCUGAUGCUGUCAUGCUCUCCACUGCACCUGUGGCAGCCUCCUGAGAGCCGCCAUGAUCUGGAAUGAAGGCCACACUAGCCAUGUCUGCUGAAGAGCCCCAGACUGAAGAUGACUUUGGCCCCCCCACAGUUAGAUGUUUAUGGUGCCAGAGGUCUGUAUUAAGGUAGCUGUCUGUUGCUAGGCAGCCGUUUGCACAAAUCUUGGACAUAAAUCCAACUUGAGGAUCAACA